AUGGCAGUAGAUCAUAAGCUUCCUUCUUUGCGUCCAUCACACAGAGGUUUCCACAAGUUGGGAAUGAAUUCAAGCAAGAGAGCGCGUUCUCCAGAAGAGGGUGGGGGUGACAGGCCUUCGAAAAAGCCUACUUUGGCCAUAGGUGGAAUUACUGACCGUGUCAAUGAUCGUCAUUUGAGCGUGAGCUCAACGAGCAGUAGUCGACAGCCUUCUGAGGAUUGGGUGCAACAGACAGGAGGGCUCUCUAUCGACAGCCCUCUUUAUGCUGCAUCUGAUCACGACAAUUCCUUUGCAUCGAGAUCUGGACAGAAUAUUGGGGAUGUGGAUAUGGUCAUGGAUUCUGAGGAAAGUAACGAAAACGUGCACACAGACUUGGAAAAGCCACAACUUUCUCCUCUCCAUAUUGUGUCAUACCCCCUUUCAAAACCUGAGCAACAUAUACAAGAUCAGCACCCUUCACAGCAAGGUCCAAGUAGCUCCCCUCGACAUCAAUACUCAACGCGCUAUGCUGAAAGGGUGUUUGGUCCGACCGUGCCACCGCUUAUAAACGUCGUCCCAGCGACUCCCAUUAGUGUUCAACAUCCAUCACAGCACCGGGUUGAUAGCAGUGAUAAUUCAUCUGGAUUGAUGUUUUCGCUGUCACAACCAUCCACUCCACCUCCUUCUGACAUUGCGCCAAUGUCUGUCUCGCCUGCAGCCUCCUUUGCUCAACUAGGAUCCGUAAUGUCGCCGAAAAGACGCGUCGUUUUCGGUCCACGAUCAAAUUUUAGAGAAAUGCAAGUUGUCGAGCGCGCCGACCCCACAAAAGUAAUGACCACGACACUUCCUCUCUUCUGGCAUCUUUCAUCUGCAUCCAAGAAGGAACGUAUAGAUGCUUCAGUAAAACUUGUCGGAUCUUUGGAGCAAUUUCAAGCUCAAUUUACUCAAAAGGUCGCACCAGUAUCCUCAGUUUCUGACGACGAAGAUGAUGCCGACGAUACACCAAAAUCAGAUGGACUUGAUUUGCUCAACGCUCAGGACGUGUCCUACUCAAUACGGAGGCUUAUUAGAGGUCUAGCCAGUUCGAGGGAAAGUAGUAGAUUGGGUUUUGCGGUGGCUCUUACCGAGCUUCUAUCUCGUAUAGACACAGUGACAUGCUCCCAGAUAUUGAGUAUCAUUGUUGAAAGCACCAAACAUCAAGGAUCCAUGACCGGCCAAGAAGAACGCGAUGUUAUGUUCUCCAAGUUAUUUGGCGUCAUGUCGGUCAUCCAGUCUGGCCUUAUUGUACGAACAAAACCUCUUGCUACUUCUGCUUCGUCUUCUACUUCCGCUUCGUCCGCGGAAAGUUAUGAGCAAAUCAUUACUCUCCUCGUUGAACUCGGCGAAAAGAAAUCUUGGCUACGGGAGAGUGCUUGGUUUGCCAUUAGUUUGGCAGUAAGCGCGUUGCAUCAAUCUGAAGUUCCUUGGAAGGAUACAGCUGUCGAUAAAACAGUCCAAAUACUCUUCGUCUUAAAUACUGUGUGGUCAACGGAGAAGAUUGCAUUGGCUCUGAUACUUCAAGAGUAUUAUCCCAAACACGACUGGAAAGUAGUCCUCUCACCGCACUUCAAAAGUCCGGAUCUAUUAAGUUCAGGAAAUCUUUUGGAAUCAACAGCCGACGAAGACGGCUCCAAGGAUCCCAGCAAAGCCCCAAGCGGUACUUGGAAACCACAGGUCAAUUUUGCUUGGGAUAUCAUUCUCGACCAGUUGUUGCCUGGCCCCAACUCCUCAAAACCUCCCAAAGGUUCUUUUCAAGAUUUCUUCAGGAUUGUUGUUGAUGAAUCACUGUUCUCUUCAACAGCUUCUUCCCAGCGGAAGUACUGGGGUUUCCAGGUGUUCCAGAAGUCUUUGAAGAGGGUAUCCGAAGACACCAUGCCCAUGUUGUUUACGAAAAACUUUAUGAGAUCGUGGAUCAAUCAUCUCUCUAAAAAAGACCGAUACCUGCACAAAAUUGCCCAACAAACGGCUACAGAGGUUCAAACCUUCGUCGAAAGAAAGCCGCAAUUAGGCUUUGCACUAAUUCUGCAACUCACCGGAGUCAAUGGGAGUCAACAAUUUGACAAAUUGACUAGGACCAAGACCGUCGAGUCUAUACUACCAUCCCUCGAUUCAAAAGGAAUUCAAAGUUAUAUCGACCAUCUUCUAGCACAAGUCAACGAACCUGAAAAUAGUGGGGUUGAUAUUGCCGCCACCAAUUCACGAAGAGCAUGGAUCAUUGAACAGCUCGGUGGUUUAAUUCGAAAUGGUAAAAUUCCCAAAGAAGAUGAAUGGGUUCUUUCCGUUUUGAAUUGGUAUGUUGUCAACGGCCUUUUCGUUAUCAAAAAGAAAUCAUCGAAGAGCCCUAUCAUUCCGCUUCGCACGAUUCCAAAUCCCGUUUUCUCUGACGACCUAAGGCGUAGUUGUCGUGAUCGUUUGUUAGCGUGUUUAAGCGACCUCGGCGGUCAGGUAACUGCUAUUAAACAUGACGACAAGGUAACGAGAAUCAACGCCGUUGCUUCUGAUGGUGAAUUCUGGGUUGCAAAAGUUCUAUCAACCAUCGAGUCACUGGAACAGGAUGAAAAGCAUGUUGAGGCCAUUGUUGAAGUCGAUAAAGAGGAUGCAGCUCUAUUCGCCAAAGCCCACCAAACAAUAGCCAAACUACGAAAAGUCUUACAUGGUAAAUCGGAAGCAGCUCAAGGUGCCGAAUUGCUUCUGCUCGGAACUUUAUUAGAACGCCGUUGUGUUGGUGAGGACGAUGAUAACGGGGAGUCCGAUUCUCUAGAGAUAUGCAUUGAAGCUAUUUCGCGCAUGCUUCUUUCUGAUAACAAGAAGAAGAAGAAAACUAAAGAGUCUACAGAGGAAUCUGAUCACGAGCCAGUCGAUGUCCUCGUCGAUACAAUUAUCGGAUUCUUAGAGAAGUCAACUGCAUAUAUGCGCACAAUCGGCAACCAGGUUUUCGCUUUGCUAUCAGGGUCAAUCAAGGAAUCCACCAUUGAUCUUAUUGUAACGCAAUUGGAAAGACGAGAUCCAUCCCAACUUGCGGAAGACGAUGAAGACGAUGAAGAUGACGACAUGGAAGAUGUUGAGGACGAAGAAGGCGACGAAGAAUCAGACUCUGAUGAAGACAGCGGACAGGGAGAUGAAAUUUCUUCAGAGGAUGGUGACGAUGAAGAGGACCCGGAGCUAAGACGUAAAAUCGAGGAAGCCUUAAGGGUGAAUGGAAUCGAGCCUGCUACUGGUGAAACAGACAGCGAAGACGAAGAACUCAUGGAUGACGAUCAAAUGAUGGCCAUCGACGAGCAAUUAGCCCAAGUCUUCCGUAGUCGCGCAAACGAGAGAAAAUCAGGCAAAAAUCUCGAUGUCCAACGGGAGGCCACGCAUUUCAAAAAUCGUGUUCUCGACCUUGUAGAUACAUAUUUAAAGAAACAACCCUCAAAUUCUCUAGUUCUGCGCUUAAUCACCCCUCUCAUCGAUAUCGUCUCAACUGCCAGUCAAGAUGAAAGGCAGCUGGCAGACAAAGCCCGUGGCAUUCUUCGUUCACGUUUUGGAAAGUCAAAAGAAAUCCCCACAGACGCCGAUAUAGAACAACUUUCUCUCGUCGCAUCCAACAUACACACUCUGGCACGGAAAACACAUUCGUCUGACCUCGUUUCCAUUCUCAGCCUGUGCAGUGUAUACCUCGCCAAAAUAUUUGUCCAUUUGAAAUCCGAAAGCGCACUUGUCGAAAAUUACAGGCAGUCCCUCGUUGACUUUAUUACCCGGAAGAACUCUUCCCUUAACUCUCAUUUCUUCCAAGACUUCAUACGCCGCUUCCCAGUGCAGGCAUGGGCCCUUCGCCAAGAUUUUAUAAAUCUUUGCACGAAGUCGGUCAACACAUAUCGACAAUGCCAACUGUUACAACUCCUUGAACUCCUUAUUGGGUUGUUACCUUCAAUGCCUGAACAGACCGGCGAGGCAGUCACAUUUAUGCCAAUACUGAGACAACUUCUCUUGGAACUCAUAACCGAUUCUUGUGACGAAAAGGCAUCUCUCACGUCGGUUCAGUUGAAAGAAGUAUUCAAACUUGCAUUGUUAUCUGUUAAACAAACCAAGCGUAUAUCUCCUGCGAAGGUCCAGUCGAUAUGGGAUCAUAAAUCCUGGAUAUCUUUGCAAUCUAAACUCAAAACUUCUCGCUUCAAAACUUCCCCCGCACUCCACAAGAUGUGCGAACAAAUUGCCAACUCGAUAGGUGCCGCUUCUGAGGAGAAUGGGGUUGAAACUGCUGCACCAAAACGGAAGGCAGACGACGAGGAAGUAGAAUCAGUUGUUACUAAAACUAACAAACGCAAAAAAACGAAGGGAAACAAGUAA